CCCACAUAGCACACAAUAAUGCAAACAGAGAAACACAAUGGCACACAGCUGACACCUAUUCACUGUGCCCAGUCUCACACACUCCCAAGCCGCUGAUGGUUGUUAAAUCCCUGCAUGACGUCAUUGCCAGGCAGAUGGUGGGUGUGGUCUUCACCGGCUUGUUAAACAUACCACAGCUUAAAUGCUGAACAGCCGCUGCCAUUCCCUGACGACAACACUCCCUAUUUCCCUCAGUCUGGCUCAGUGUUUCUCCAGCAUUCACUAGACUUAAACACUGUAGGACAUCUGCGAGAAUCCUGCUCACCUGAAACCUUUUUGAGGAACUUCCACCAGUUUUCCUUUGUGAGGAGCCCAGCACGCUUGGUGGUGUUUUUAUUUUUUAAAGUAAAGAUGUCCUUCCCGUUGGCUGUGUUCAUAUGUCUGUCAACUCUCCAGAUGUGUCUGGGAGAUGUGGCUGUGGGGGAAGCCGUCACAACAAAAAAAGUGCCUCUCCUUGGUGGCUGGUUUGAAAGGAAUCUUGAGUCAGAGGAGGUUAAGGAUGCAACUGAACACGCUGUGAAAGAGUACAACGCAAAAAUCGCGAGCAAGAAGCUGUUCAAACUAGACUCCAUCGCCGCCGCUCAGACUCAGGUGACCAAUGUGAUCAACUUUAAGAUUGAUGCAGUCUUGGUAAAAACCAAGUGCCUUAAGUCUGAAAACCACGAAUUGAAGAGUUGCGGUUUGGCGAAAAAGCGUGUGAAUUGCCACUUUGUGGUGACAUUCAACCCUCGCAACAACAAACAUGAGUUGCAGUCUCACAAGUGCAGCAAAGUUCCUAGGGUAAAGGACUAACUUUUUAUAUAGUUGGGCUUUGUAUAGCUUUGUUGUAUUUUGAUACAAUGUUGACUAUUUUUCUGAAUAAAUGUUGAGUGCUGGGUGUGGUUCAGAGUAACUUGUAACAAUGACAUAGUCUCAAUAAAACUAGUUUGUAAGACAG